AGCUGUCAGAGUUGCGUGUGCGCAGAAGCAGCGCGGGGCCGGGCCCGUAGACGGUCCGUGGCCGGUGGCGAUGGGUUGAGAUUGGAUGGGAUGGGGUCCAUAUCAGCACCUCCAAUAUACCCUCCCUCGAAGUAUGACAGCUCGCGAACCUCCCCCGCAGGACUCCACCACCUUGGCCGACGAUGUUCGACUACCGAUGGUUUGAGACAAGAGACAACAGCCCGGAUGGCACAGCCGCGCAGCGUCGGAGAUGACCGGCGCAGAAGAGGGCUUUCCGAUACCGAAUGCAGUGGAGAUUUCUGCUGUUCCUCUGUCUGCCCAAGGCGUCGGCCCAAUUUCGAGAGGCGGCAAGUUGAGCGCCGCUCGGUGAAGCGCCAAACCGGCUGGAGAAGUAGCCCCCGAAACUCAAAACCACAAUGUGGUCCGUUGACGAAGCCCCAUGUACGAAGCAGAUCUCGCCCAGGACCCCUGUCGGCAUUUCCAACACAGCCUCCCACGCUGGCCGGCCCCCAUGGGGUUUCAGCUGUCAAACCGUCACGGUGACACUCUUAUUCUGAGUUCUCGAGGUUGGGCGGCACUGUUCGGUCUUGGCAAUCGCCGCUGGGGGCGUAGGAGUCUCGCGAACAAUUACACCGAGAGACAGUGGGGGGGUUUACAUAGGCCCAAGCAUGACGUGGACGUUAGUAAUAUGGCGAUCGACGCCCCGUCGCCGUGGACGGGCUUGGACGCGGUUGAGCAGACGUACAUCGGGUUGGCACGUGGACGCCCUUCAACGCCCAACAUCCGGGGGCUGAGACAAU